CAUCAGCAGACUGAAUGCAUGAAGGUGAAAAGAAAUUUAUCUUGCCUCCACAAGUGCUUUACUGAACACUACAGUCUAGAUAGUGGGUGCUCACAAAAGAAUGUGCUGUCAUUGGUUGGGCGCUUCCUGCGUCUCUGAUGCCAUAGGCUAGCCUCUCUGUUCUCAUCUGACGUAUAUUAGGCUUCAGAACCUCUUUUCAUUAGAUACUCGUCUGCCAGUCUGCUCCAUACUGGCUCUGUUUGACCUGCAGACUGGCUGGGGCCUGUCAGCUGGAAGUUAAUGACACUUUCAGGAUUUUUAUGAAAAGGAAUAAAACACAUUCAGGUCCUGGAUGGUGUGCGCCAUUAGCUGAAGAAACAAGUCUGCAUAAAAGUUUAUUGCAAUGAACGAAUCAACAGAUGGGAGUUCCCUGCUCAAGGCAGUCUUCCAAAGUCGACUACGUCUGACUCGGCUACUCUUAGAAGGAGGUGCUUAUAUAAAUGAGAGUAAUGAACAUGGGGAGACACCUCUUAUGGUAGCUUGCAAGACACCACACACAGAUGCACAGAGUGUACCUAAACCCAAGAUGGUUCAGUAUCUUCUAGAAAAUGGUGCUGAUCCAAACAUUCAAGACAAGAUGGGGAAAACCGCUUUGAUGCAUGCAUGCCUUGAGCAAACUGACGCUGAAAUUUUGUCCCUUCUGCUGAAAAGUGGCGCUGAUCCAACUCUGGAAGAUCAUGCAGGAUUAUCAGCAUUAGUUUAUGCAGUCAAUUCAGGAAACAAGAAAAUCCUUAGCAUGCUCCUGGGUGCUUGUAAAGCAAAGGGGAAGGAGGUUAUCAUCAUCUCUACCAACAAAAUGCUUUCUGCCCAUCGGAUGACGAAACAGUACCACAAUGUUCCACCGUCUUCUCAUCUGGAGGAAUAUCUGUCUAAUACUUCAGUUUGUAGUUAUACGUCUACACAUGAGGACCAGAUUGAAACUCUUCCACGGGGUCCCGUAGCUACUCCUUCUCCCCAAACUUACACUUCUCUACUUGGUGAUCCCUACUGUUUGGAUGUAGGCCCUGGUAUGGCCAUAUUUCAACCAGCUUCUCCAACCCAACCGUCUAAUCCUGUGCAUAUUUCUGAUUUGGAUGAACAACUUAGUCUCUACAGAGUAAACACUGAAGAGAGAUCUAAGAGUCCCUCCCUGCUGCUCCAACAAAAUCAGGCCUCCUCUUUGUUAGAGAAACCAGUGGAAUAUACACUUGCAGAAGAGGAGCAAUCAAUCAGAUACAAGGUAUUUGGCACCCAAAGACCUUCAGCUGUUUCAAGGCAUCAAAGCAUUGAUGUUAGAGAUGCAACUAGGCAAUUAAAAUCUCUAGAGCACAUGCCAGGAAAUGAGAAUGUUGAGGGAAGAAGAAGAGGCCUUGGCAGAAAGAUGUCAUAUGAUAGUGCUGCAAGUUCUUUGCAUGCCACAUCACACCCAAACUUGCACCAGGAUAGCCUCCCUUUUUCCAACAAAUCAUGUCCUGUGGAUGAAGAUUCCUCUGAUUGUAUUAGACAGCUGAAUGUUUCCAGUCUACUAAAUGUAGUAAACCACAGGAACAUUGGGAUGGACCACUAUAGUUCUGACUCGCAGUUGCUUCAAGUUGGCAGUCGAGAAAAAAUGCUCAAAAGUGGUGGAGGGCCUGGAUCAGGACCAGAAAGGCAUAAACAGAUGAGCAGUAGACCCUCUGCUUUGUCUGGAUCUAAGGAGUCUUUGGAGAGUUCCGUCUCGAAGCGAGGUGCUGCUGCCCUGGAGCGAAGAGGCUCCGGGGCUCUUCUUCUGGAUCAUAUCGCCCACACUCGCCCUGGGUACCUUCCUCCUUUGAAUCCUCAUGCUCCUAUUCCAGAUAUUGGGGUUAGCCCUAGCGUUUCCUCCAGUUCCAGUGGAAGGAGUAGUGUUCUAACAGGGUCAAAGUCUGUUCUGCCCAGUGUAUCUGCUUUUCCUCAGGAUCUAAAAGUUAAAAAUAUGUUGUGGAGACGCCACUCAAUGCAAAGUGAACAGAUAAAACAGCUUGUGAGCUUUAGGGAAACCUUUGGCCACUGAAAAAUAUUGUACCUAUCAGGAGUAAAUGCAUGUAAUAUCAGAAUUGCAUAAGCCACUAUGCCAGUUAAAUAAAAGCCCAAAGUCCUUCAAGAACAAAGACAGUCUCCUGGUGUUUGAAGCCCACACUGCUGUUUUACCUCAUGUAUAGCAAACUAUCCUAUCAAAAAGUUAAGGGUCCAGUUCUGCAAACUGUGAGGAAAGAGAAGGAGAGAUAAUCGGGGGCCUGCUUCCUGGUAUCUUGUCAAACAUACUGUUUGGUUUUUACAUUUUAUUCCCACACAGGUCGGAUAUUUCUCUAAAAACAAAUGUAUAAUGUCAGUAAAAUAUGAAUUAGGCUUAUAUCUGACAUUAACAUCCAGACAGAUGUUUUUUAAAAAGUAUUAUUUCCUCCCCUCAUCUAAUUUUCCUCAAUCCUCUCCUUUCCCUCCUCGUUCUGCUCAUUCCUUCAGCAGCCAAACAAUCAGGAGUAACUUGUUAACUAGUGGCGACACUAAACUGUUUUAGUGAACUUUUCAAGCUUUACAUUCCAGGUGCAAUCCUGAUAAGAAUUUUGGAUUGAACCAAUUUGCAGAGAAAGUCAGUUUUGG